UGAGUGACAGCAGAGCAGUGACAACAGCAGCGGCAGUGACAACAGCAGCGGCAGUGACAACAGCAGCAGUAGCAGUGAGUGAGGCAACAUGGCUGGCAGAGCGCUGAAGAGACUCAUGACGGAAUAUAAGCGUCCAUGUGUCUGGAUGUGAGUGAUGGUGAUGUGGAGGAGUUAGUGGAGGGGCACAGGGAAGAGCUGACCACUGAGGAGCUGCAGGAACUUAAGGAGGAGGAGCACAAGACUAAGAUGGAUGCACUCUCUUCAGGCUUGGAAGAGGAUAUAGAGGAAGCCCCUACUUCAUUAACAAGGAAAUCUUUGCCAAAUGGAUGGACAUCAAAACCUUUGCAGAGAAGUACCACCCCAACAAAGCCCAAACAAGCCAUAAUAGUAUUAUCUGGAAUGACCAGACAGUGUCACAUUUCCGAAACAUCCCGAGGAGAAGGCAGAAGCAAAGUUCUUUGGACAGAUUUUUAGUAAAAGUCAAACCUGAAUUGACAUUAAACCCUCCUGAAGGAAUUAUUGCUGGCCCAACCAAUGAAGAAAACUUUUUUGAAUGGGAGGCACUAAUCAUGGGCCCUGAAGGAACUUGUUUUGAGUGUGGAGUCUUCCCAGCUAAGUUGAUUUUCCCUCCUGACUACCCUCUGUCACCCCCCAAGAUGCAGUUCACAUGUGAAAUGUUUCAUCCCAACAUUUAUUCUGAUGGUCGAGUGUGCAUAUCCAUACUUCAUGCACCUGGUGAUGACCCCAUGGGUUAUGAGACCAGUGCUGAGAGAUGGAGUCCAGUGCAAAGUGUGGAGAAAAUAUUACUGUCAGUGGUAUCUAUGUUGGCAGAGCCAAAUGAUGAGAGCAGUGCAAAUGUUGAUGCAGCAAAGAUGUGGAGAGAUGACAGAGAACAGUUCAACAAAAUUGCAGAGAGGUUGGUUCGCAAAACACUAAAUUUACCUUAUCCAUAGUGAGGACAAAAUGGUAUAGUACUCGGUUUAAGGGAAAAAUGCUUUGGAUAUGUCAGUCUUGUACAUGACAAGAUUCUUUCAAGUUCUUUUGUGAUUAUAUAUAUGUAUUAGGGUCACCUAUCAUGCCACUGUGAGAAUUAUCAGGGCUUAAUGACAGGUAAAACAACUUAUAAAUUUUCUCGUGCGAGCCUAAUAACUUGAAUUUUUUAAGUGCCUUGAUAUCCUUGUGUUGUUUCCUCUGACAGUUCCACCUUUAAUUCAAGUGAAAGUGAUUUACUGUAUCUGUUUAUUCUCUCUUCACCCUUGUACUAUCCCAGAACCCCAAAUGUCAUCCACUUCUUUACUAUGAAACACUGACCCACACAGGUUUAGUGCUUUAAAUUAAUAUAAUGUAUUACUGUACAUAUUAUAUAUUGUAUAUAUAGUGAAUAUGCAGAGUGGUUAAUUUUCAAGUAUCAUUUACUUUAUAUAAUUAAAAAAGAACUAGAAACAAGAUAAUUUGCCAAAGUGAUAUUCUGACUAUUUUCUGUAAACAGCAGUUUGUUAGCAUAAAACCGGUACAGGUAAAGUUGUAUUUUAGAUAUGAAAUGUGAUUAGAUUAGUUAACCUAAAAUUCUUCCAAGGUAUGAGUUUAUAAAUAGCUCAUAAUUUUGUAUUGUUAAUAUUCUUUUUAAUCCCAAAUGUUUUAAAUGAUAUUUUUAUAAGAAAAGAUGGUUUGGACAGUUCUGAUAUAUAGAAAAAGUGAGAAAAAGUAAUAUAGCAUAUUUAAUUUGUGUGUCUUAGUCUUAUGAGUUUGAACACAAAGAAAAAAUUGAGAACAAGCUUUUAUUUUGAGGCAGUGUUUUUGUGUGCAGAGCUUUUAUCAAGUCAUGAACAUGAAGCUUUAUGCAACAAAAUAGUCCCAAUAAAGGAUGGUUCUGCAACUUGGAUCUUUGUGGUCAUACUUAUUGACAGUAGAGUAUUUCAUCCAUUGUAAUAGGUAAUGAACUAUCAGAUACCUAAUAAACUUGUUUCUAUAAAAUGAGAUCUGUAUUUUGUAUUGAUAGGUAGUUAUCUCUUUACAUCAUGGUGUAGUUGUCAUUGCAAUUAUAUGGUAAUGCUUAAUCUGUUCCUAGUCUCGGCUUGUUUAUGUACAAUAUUUGACUGAAAUUAGUACAUGUUAGGUAUUGGUUUUCACUUUAAAAUGGUUUAGAAAAUUUCACAUGCAGAAACCACCUAUUGGUAUGCUACUUGCAUGCAGUGGUGUGAUAACUAAAAUGUGGCCUCGUCCACUUUAUGUAAACAACUUUUUUUUCAGUGAACGAAACUGGACAGUCUUCAGUAAGCUCUACAACUCAUAGCUUAGCAAUUUUUCACAAUGAAUGAACCCUUGUUCACCAUAAUUGUUUUUUCAAUUUUAAUAUUCAUAGUCAAGCACUACACCUGUAGGAAUCAUACAGCCCCUGGGAAAUUGGAGGUAAUCAAGUUUAAUGCAAAGGGAUAGGUGUUUUUUUAUAGUCUAUUCUUCAACAUUGCAGUCUGCCUGAACAUCAUAUACUGGCAAAAAAAUAAAUUCCACCAGACAUGAGUGUCCUAUCUUCAUCUUGUGUACACCUCCCCACACCAUGAAAUAAUGUUAAAAUAUUAUGAAUCCUUGAUUAUAAUAAACUGUUUCACCAA